UUCUUGCUUCAUUGGAACAUUGAAAAAGAUUUAACUAGCUAGUAUGAUUUUUCUUUUUCUCUUUUCAUUAACUUGUGUGUCAGCAGCACUACUUCCUGAAUGCCCAAAAUGUGGAAUCAUGGAUGUGCCAUAUCCACUUAGUAGCAGUGACAAAUGUGGAAAUACAAACUACAAAAUUCACUGCAAAAAUAACAGCUUAGAGUUUUUGUCUGCAGAAGGAGUUUACUACAAAAUCCUCAGCAUAAACCCAAACACAUCUCGACUUAUUAUCGCUUCUCCUUUCGUGCACGAAGAUACGAAUAAUUAUUGCCAUUCUUCUGAUCUUUCUGUAGGUGGCUUAAAGAUAGAUGAAAACUCUCCGUUCAAUAUAUCUUCGCGGAACACUGUUAUGUUAUUUAACUGCUCACAGAGAAUUCUUUUAUCCCCAUUGAACUGCUCUUUAAACAAUCCUUGCAGGAAAUUUGAACAAGCUAAUGGUUGUAGAGAUACACUAUGUUGCAGUUACCUGAAGGUGAAAUCCAAGACUUCUCAUCAAAUUAGGGUUCGGGUUGGUGGCUGCACUGCUUAUACAUCUGUGGUGGAUAUGAAGCCAGGAGAUUCCUUGAAUGCAUGGCGUUACGGCAUUGAGCUCCAAUGGCUACCACCCAAUUAAGAAUUAUGGUUAACUAUUUUAUAUAUAUCGGAGACGAGGAAUCAACCGAAUUCAUUGCUUUCUCUAAAUCUUGAAUUCGCGCUAUUAGUACUAUGAGUUGAAACGCGUGCACUUCUUCGUGUUUUCAUAGUUUUACUCGUCAUAUUUGUAUUACGAUACCUUCUUGGCUACAUGAAAAAGGUACUUCCAA